CGCAUAUUGGCACUGCAGUCGUGGGAGACUUCAUUAUUGAUGGAGUGUGUGCUUGGUAAUUUUCAGUGAAAAAUGAGUGAUUAUUCGUCGGUUGCACCGCCACAAUCACAACAAAAUUUCAGUCAAUCAUCUGCAUUUGCUGCUGCGCUACAGAGAGCCAAACAAAUUGCUGCGAAGAUCCAUCCGGGUAGUCAACAGCAGGGUCAGAAGAGGUCAUUGGAAGACGGUCCAGAAAACAUGUAUUUAGAGCCGGACAAUAAAAAGUUCAGCGGCGGAGGAGACUUUGGGAAUGCAGGGGGCGCAGGAUUGACACCGGCAGCAAUGCAGGCUGCAGCUCAGGCUGCCGCUGUAGCUGCUCGAUUAUCGGUCAAUCCCAAUGCAACAGUCAAUGAGGAGAUUAAGAUUCCCGAUAAGAUGGUUGGACUGAUUAUUGGUCGAGGUGGGGAGCAAAUUACGAGACUUCAGGCCGAUUCGGGAUGUAAAAUACAAAUGGCAGCUGAUUCGGGUGGUGGUCCAGAACGAAUGUGCUCUCUAAGUGGGCCAAGAGAUGCUGUUAGUCGUGCCAAGGAGAUGAUCCAGAAGAUUGUCUCUCAGCACGGUAACGGCACCAUUGAAGUGGUCAGUCAUACGACACUUCCGUCCCUCGGUAGUUCUAACUCGAGCUACGGUUCGGGCGGGGAUAACAGAGGGGGCGGUGGUUCAGGUGGAGGAGGAUAUCCAGCGUAUCAGGAAAUGAUGAUUCCCGGCUCAAAAGUGGGCUUGGUGAUUGGGAAAGGCGGUGAAACCAUCAAAAUGCUCCAGGAGAAGACAGGAGCCAAGAUGAUUGUCAUUCAAGAUGGUCCUGGACAAGAACUUGAAAAGCCACUGAGGAUAUCUGGGGAUCCGCAGAAAGUGGAGCAUGCCAAACAAUUGGUGUAUGAGUUAAUUCAGGACAAAGAAGCAUUCCAGAACAGAGGAUUUAACCAUGGAGCUGGGGGCGGUGGCGGAGGCCCCGGCGGUGGCGGAGGCGGUGGAAUGAUGAAUCCCGGAAAUGAGCAAAUGGAGGUUUUUGUGCCCAAGGUGGCAGUUGGCGUGGUAAUUGGCAAAGGUGGGGACAUGAUUAAGAAGAUCCAGGGUGAAACUGGGUGCAAGUUGCAGUUCAUUCAGGGUCGUGGAGAUUCCCCGGGAGAUCGUCGUUGCUACAUUCAGGGCUCCAAGCAGCAGGUUGACGAUGCCAAGAGGAUGAUUGAUGAUUUGAUUGAGAAUGUGAUGAGGCGGGAGAAUGGGGAACGUGGGAUGAAUCGCAAUGGCGGAGGGGGAGGUGGUGGUGGUGGUAAUUUCAGUGACUACGGGAAACCAAUGAGGGAAGAGGUUUCUUUUGUUGUGCCAGCAUCGAAAUGUGGAAUUAUUAUUGGACGUGGCGGUGACACAAUCAAACAGAUUAAUCAACAAUCUGGUGCACACUGCGAAAUGGACAGAAAGGCCCAGACCAAUAACAAUGAGAAGACAUUCAUAAUUCGCGGAAAUCCAGAUCAAAUUGAACAUGCCCGCAGUAUUAUUUCCGAAAAAAUUGGCUUGGUAAGUGAAUAUUCAAAUGAAAAAUUAGAUAUACAACUGAUCGGUGGCAGUUCGGGGGGUGUCGGUGGACCCAGCUAUCCAGGUAUGCAGGGUUCUGCUGCAAAUACAGGUUAUCCACAGCAAUGGGGCUAUACACCUCAGUCAUGGGAUCAGCAGCAGCAGCAACAGCAGGCUCAGGUGCAGAUAAACCCCUCCACGGGUCAGCCUGACUACUCGCAGCAGUGGAUUGAGUACUAUCGCUCAAUGGGGCUGCAUCGUGAGGCGGAUAUCAUCGAGCAGCAGCAGAAGGCUAAGCAGCAGGCAGUUCAGGCACAGCAAACUCUUGUGGCAGGUUCUGGGGCUCCGAAUGGGGCUCCUGUUCAGGCACAGACGGGAAUAGCCACUGUGCAGACGCAGCAGAUGCAGCAAGCAGCCGGUGGACAACCGGAUUACAGUGCGCAAUGGGCUGAGUACUACAGAAGCAUCGGGAAGAUUGAAGAAGCCGAGGCUAUUGAAAACCAGAUAAAAGCCUCAAAGGGUGCAAUGCCAGCAUCGACAGCGUCAUCGGCAACGCUGCCAGGGUAUAACAUGCCAAGCGGAGGCGCCAAUCCUGGAUCGCAGAAUAUUGUAGCAGCUGCCGGAGGUUUUGCCCCCAAUAGCACUCAGUAUCCCCAGUUUUAUGGUGGAGCUAAUCCUGCCCAACCCACAGCUUAUCCGCAAGGCUACCCCGCUGGCCCCUAUGCUGCCUAUCCGGGUGCUGCAGCUGCUGCUGCCGCCGCCGCUGCUGCUGCUCGUGGUGGAAAUGCAGGCCAGGCUCCAGCUGGAGUACCAACCCCAACGCCACAGCCAUCAGCGACUGAGGGCAAGAAGUGAAAGCGAUGCGAUGGCGUCGGAGGGAUGUUCUACUUCACGCUCAUUUCCCCCAAUUUCUGAGAAUUGAUGACUUGAUGAAAAGUGAGAUGUAAUGUGAAAAUUAAGAUGAGGUUUGAUGGAUUGAAAGACCCCGGCGAUUCGUGAAAUUUUUCCCUACUUCUGCUAUUCAAAUAGGAAUUCACAUUAGAAAACAAUAAUAAUUAAAAAAAAGAACAAAAAAAUAUAUAGAAUAGUUCCACUAAAUGCUAUGGAAUAUUUACUAAAUAACAUUUGGUGGAAAAGUUUUCUCUUUCUCACACAUAAUUAUUAUCAUAUAUGUACGCCUCUAUAAUUAUAAGGGAUAUUACUAUAUAUUAUAUUGAAUAAUUUAAGGGAUUGUAUUUGUUUUCGCAAAAAAAGCAAAAAAAAAAAUAUUCAUGAAAUUAAACAAAACAAAAAAUCAAUUAUCUCAACCCUUUAAAAUACAUUUUCAGUAUAUUAUUAUUUUUUUCUAAUUUUUAGCUAUAAUUUUUUUGUCUACAAUUUCUUUUUAGUUUACUUUAUUUUAUUCUUAGUAACAAUAUAUAUUAAAACGAAAUAAAUACAUAACAUUUUCUGAUAAAUUCGUCAAAUACUUCAUUCAUCUUUUACUAUACCAUUUAAGUCACGUAAUUUCUAUAUUUUUUUCUGUUUCUAACAUGUACAAAAAAAAUAAUAAAAAACUUAGCUAGUAAGAUAUGAAUUUGGAAAUUAUUCACGUAUGAAAAUGACUAUGAUGAAAAACUUAUUGAAAUAAAAAUUUUACGCACAUAAAA